CACUGACCAGGACCCACAGGCGUCAUGGUGAACAUCCCAGAAUACUACGCGGGGAAGAACGUGCUCAUCACUGGAGCAACAGGCUUCAUGGGCAAGGUGCUGCUGGAGAAGCUGCUGAGGUCGUGCCCAGGGGUCAAACUGGUGUACGUGAUGGUCAGGUCAAAGGCCGGCCAGUGUCCGCAGGCUCGCAUCGACGACAUGGUCAACUGCAAGCUGUUUGAAAGAUUACGAGACGAGCAGCCCGACUUUGCUGAGAAGAUCGUGGCGGUGAGCAGUGACCUCACGAUGCCAGAGCUGGACCUGAGUGAAGAGGACCGGAGCGUCCUGGCGGAAAAUGUCCACAUCGUCUUCCACUGCGCCGCCACCGUCCGCUUCAACGAGCCGCUCAAAGAUGCGAUGAAGCUGAAUGUUCUGGCCACUCAGAAGAUGCUGGCCCUGGCUCACAGGAUGAAGCACCUGGAGAUCUUCAUCCACGUCUCCACAGCCUAUGCCAACUGCAACCAGGAGCUCAUCGAGGAACGCGUGUACCCUCCGCCCGUGGACUACCGCAAACUCAUCGACGCCCUGGACUGGAUGGACGAUGACCUCGUGUCUGCGUUGACGCCCAAGCUGAUCGGCGAGCGUCCGAACACCUACACUUUCACCAAGGCCUUGGCCGAGUAUCUGGUGCAGCAGGAGGCCGGAGACCUGAACAUCGCAAUCGUCAGACCCUCCAUCGUCGGCGCCAGCUGGAAAGAGCCGUUCCCGGGAUGGAUUGAUAACUUCAACGGCCCGAGUGGAAUAUUCAUUGCAGCUGGAAAGGGCAUCCUGCGGACGAUGAGGGCGUCAAACGACGCCGUGGCAGAUCUGGUGCCCGUCGACGUGGUCAUCAACGCCACGGUGGCUGCGGCCUGGUUCUCUGGAUCGCAGACCAGCAACAGGUCUAAGAACAUCCUGGUGUACAACUGCACGACCGGUGGGAUUAACCCGUUUCACUGGGGAGAAGUCGAAUACUGUAUAAACAUGACCUUCAAGACCAAUCCCUUAGAGCAGGCCUUCAGAAGGCCCAAUGUCAAUCUGCGCUCCAACCCUUUUACUAAUCAGUACUGGACCGCCGUCAGCCACACACUGCCGGCGCUGCUCUAUGACGGCUAUCUCAGGUUGACAGGCCGCAAGCCCCGGAUGAUGAAGACGAUCACACGCCUCCACAAAGCCAUGAUGGUCCUGGAGUAUUUCACCAGCCACUCGUGGGUGUGGAACAACGACAAUGUGACCAUGCUGCUCGGUCAGAUGAGCACCGAGGACAAGAAGGUGUUUAACUUCGACGUGCGUCAGCUGCACUGGGCGGAGUACAUGGAAAGUUACUGCAUGGGAACCAAAAAGUACGUCCUGAACGAGGAGCUGUCGGGGCUGCCGGCCGCACGGAAACACCUCAACAAGCUCAGGAACAUCCGCUACACCUUCAACACCGUCCUGGUGGUGCUGAUCUGGCGCGUGUUCAUCGCUCGCUCCCAGAUGGCUCGAAACAUCUGGUACUUUGUGGUGAGCCUCUGCUUCAAGUUCCUCUCCUACUUCAGAGCGUCCUCCACCAUGAGAUAGUGUGGCGUAGGAGGGCGGCGGCGAGAGGAGAGGGAACACCAGCGUUGGGUCGACGCUCUCUCUUGUGGCGCCACACAGCCCCCGCGCUCUGCCGUGGCCCCGGGACGGACCUACUGGACGAGCAUAUCUCAGUUUAUCUAACGUCAUCGCUAUCAUUUCACGUAACGGGUGUGGAUUUAUCUCCACGGCGCUCACACUCGACAGCACUCCGGGCUAUUUUAAGAGGCGGGACCCAUGCGCGUCCCGAUCACCGUUCGCUCCCUUGUCGCUGUUCUGCAGCUUUCCUCCGACCCUGUAAACCGGCUCUAUCGCGUCUCGACGUGGACGCGACACAACUCACACCCUGCAAAUGGAUUUUGCUCUGCUGGCUGUUUAAUCUUAAUCUUAAUCUGGUUUCUUUCAUGGCUUCAGAUGCUGCGUGACUUCGGAAACUACUACUACUUUGUUUUUGUGUUGUUAUUCACAGAGUUUAGAUGUUUUAUUUUAAACACAUAAUCAUGGCUGCCGACAGAGAAACUUAACAACAGCCUCACCUCAGAAAAAGUCUAUAAUAUUAUAAAAAUAUCACCUUUUCUUGUUGGACGCUCCCUCACCAAAGACAAUUGGGAAAAAAUCAGUGUUUUUACACAGGAGCUGCUGGUGCACUGCUGCCUCGUGUGGUCAGUUUGUGUCAUUGAAGCAAAUCUGAAUGAAUGAAAGGAUUUGCUGACGGGGCAGCAAUGGAUCAACAAGUCCUGUGUGAUGGGAGGUAAAAACCACGUUAAAUGACAAAAACAAAGUAACAGUUGCAUUUUUUUAAUUCAUUAUAGACUUGAGUAGGUGUAGAAUUUAUUAAAUGAGACUUUUGGUAAGAGGCUAAAGUCGGCGUCUGUCAGUGCCUCAUUCAGCCCUUUAAAGACAUCACAGUGGGACUUCGUGAAAUAUGUUCUUCUUCUUCUCAGUCGCAUCCUGGACCGACUCGGUGAAGACUGACUUGCAGCCGAUGUUCACGACGGGUGCGCGGAAACGUGGUCGGUGGUUUUCCGACAGCCUGGAACACUCGUGCAGGUCUCCUCUUCUUCAGCCGAGCACAAAGCAGAUUGAGCUAAAAAUGGCAUCCAGCCGAACCUUGCACGUCGACCUCCUGCCGCUGCUUCACGUUCCGUUUCCUCGGAAAGUCCUUUGUUACGUAUCUCAUAACCUCGGUUUUGCUAAAAUACCUCGAUGUUAACGUGGUCACCUUUGGCCCCUCCUCCUUCUCAUGCUUGGGAUUGUGCACUUUCAUUACUGGAUAACACCCACAACGAUGAGUGUUAACACUACACUCCAUUACUAAAACUGUAGCUCACAGUUCUGUGUGGUUCAUCUUGAUCCAUUGCUUCUGUAAAGAGAUGGUAGGUAAUCUCAUUUCAUCAUGUAUAUACUGUUACACACCUGUUGAACGCUGUUUGGACAGGAAUCAUUCGUCGCUGCCAUAUUAAAGGGGAGGGUUCAGAUUUUUUUUUUAAAGUGUGCUUGUAUGAGGCACUCACUCCCCUCGUGUUAGAAGGUCAACGUCAAUAUGGACACGAGGAAAAACCCACGUUUGUCGCUUUUUCUCCCUGUUUCGAACAGGAAACUGAAGUUUGUGAACCACUUACUCUCCUGCACCAAAGUCCAUAGAGAAAAUCAUCGUUUUUAGCUUGCAGGGACACUGCCGCUGCCUCGUUUGGUAAGUUUUUGUCACUGAGGUGAAUCCAAAUCAAGCAUUUCAAACACAGAAGUCACAAAAGGAGCAAGUUUGAACUUACUCCUGGGAGUCACGUGGAUCAACAACUCCUGUCUGCUGUGAUGUAAAAUGGCUGAUUUUCUCUAUGAAGUUUGCUGCAGGGCGACACAGUCAGAACAAACUCUACCUCACUUGGAAAAAAACCCUGAACUUUCCCUCGUAAGUUGUAACUCCUUCACGAACAUGUCCCUGUGAUGUAGCUUCACUCAUCUGUGCGUCGUGUUUAUCAUAGGAAGAGCGCAAAAUUGUGCCUGAACUUUUGUCGAUAACAAAUGUGAAAAGAGGAAAAAAAAAAAUCAGAUCUAUGUUUUCUAAUUAUUUUGUGUACAGCUCUAUUGAGGUAGAAAUAUUAACAGACGGGUGUAUUUUUGUGCUGAUGACGAUUGCGUGGCUGUUUUUUGUUGACAAAGCUUCAGCUGCUGUGAAUAAAACGUGUGAGCAGGACGUUCAGAGCUGAAGGAAGUAGCUGUUGUGAAAUAAGAUGCUCUGUGGUGACUAAAUGUUACAAUAACGGCCUGAAUCUUCUUCAAAGUCCUGAACAAAUUCAUAAAAACUGUCAUCGCGUGGACUUGAAACUCAGUCUCGGUCGACUAUACAUUCAAAUGCUGCCCCCUGCAGGAAAAAAAAACGUACCCUACGUCGUCAUGUUCUCAAAGCGUAUGGGGUUAAGUUGAGGGCGAUGCGGCGAUCACAUCUAUAGCUUUCGUUACACUAAAGCUAGGCGGGUAUGCCUGGGCUUUUCAAAUGUGCGUGAAGCCGUCAAAAAAGCUGAUUUACUCCCAUUGACCCGACUGUUGGUCGUUAUUCUGCCCUGUUGAAUCAUGACGACACAAACAAACAACAAGUCAACUCGAUAGCUUUCAGUGGUAAUGCUGCAGUGGUCGCCAUUCUGCAUCUUUUACUUGAGUUACCCUUAAAGUCAAUUGUUGCGUUGGCCCGAUGGAUGAAAUAAACGAUAUUUAGUUAUGUCCCGAGUAUUAAAAAGAGAGAAUCACAACAAACAUCGUGUCUAAUUGCCAGGAAAUGAAUGCAUGUUAUAGCAUUGUGCCAGAAUACUGCACACAAAUUAGAAACUAGCAUGUUCACCUGGGCCUUUCAUCCCUACUUAUGCCAAUUAAAACCAAUAAAAACCCAUGUGCAUAGCGGAGUCCUGUGGUGUGGGAUUAAAUGUAGAUUAUAGAAAUGUUUACUGGUGGAAAACUUUCUGAAAUUCAAGGUUUGUGUCAAACUCGGGAACUACUUAUUUGAAUCUUACCGAUAAAACAACCUCCGCAUGAACUCUGCAUACGAACAUCACCUUAAAAUCCCCGGAAACAUGGUUUCAUGCCUGAAUCAUUUCUAUUCUUAUUUCUAACAAAAUGCACUUACUGUAUUUGCUCCGUUGCAGAGAUAAGACCGCUAACACUCUUAUGUCUGUACAGUGAAUUUGAAGCUACUAGCUAGUUAUAGCCAAGCUUAGCACCAAGACUUGAAACAAGUGGUAAAGUGAUGGGAGUUUAACGAUGAGUUCACCGUGAUCCAACCGUGAAGUUGGAAAAAUACAUGGACGCUAUCAUGUCUUGGGCUAGCCGCGAUUGUUUCCAACUUUGGCAGAAAAAAAUGGUGAUUCGUGUUGACUGAGAAAAUUUGUUUUUAACAAAAAUAAUUCUACUCAGUGUAUAAACAUAUGUUUUUGGGCUUUUGUUGCUAAAUGUUUUUUUUGUUGUUUUUCUGGUAUAGUUAUUUAAAAUAACCCAAGUUCAUGCACUGUUAUCAUGAAGUUAAAAGUCAAUGUUGAAUGGCUUGCUGGUUAAUGGGAUAGUUCAAGUUAUUUUAAGUUUUUGUUUUUUAUGAGGUUACCCCCCCCACGUGUCCAGAACCAGCCUGAAAUAUGGAGGUUCACUCUGUGAAAACAUGGCUGCCAGUGGAAAAACUAGAAAAUCCACCAUCCAAAGUCCUUGGAGUAAAGUUCUACAGUUUUUGCUUCAGUGCAGUAGACCCCAGCAGCUCCUGUGUCCUCACAAGCUAAAAAUGCUGGGGGGGUUUUCAAAGGACUUUGGUGUGUGGCGUGAAAACUUUAACUUUCCAGAGUGAAAAGACAAUAUUAUGAGUGUUCAGUUCACACAACCACACGUAUUCUCUUCUCCUCUGGGUUCAGAUUGUUAGCUCGUAGCUCGGGCUGAUGUUUUUGAGAUGGUCUCUUGUUUCAUAGCUCCUACUUUGAGCAGCAUAAUGUUUGAGUUAAUUGCCAUAGUCGAUGUGAAAAUCCCACCCACAAUAAAUCAAUGGUGCCUUUUGUUUGUAAACAAAAAAAAAAAAGGAAUAAAUGAUGUUUAAUCCUC